GGGUGCUGAGGGGAUCGGAGUGGUACCUGUGGGGGACGCGGGGCGCCUGUCCGGAGGAUGGUCCCCGCGGUGGGGCUGCUGAGUCUGCCCUGCCCGCCGUAACAAAAAAAGUUAAACCUAAGAAGUCUGCCAGUGGAACCUGAUGUGUCUGGAUCAGAAACUGAUGUGAGGUGAAGCUGGAGGAGUCUGAGAAUUCAUGUGAAGAAUUCCAGCUACAGGUUGGAGACACAGAAGAUUUACUGCUGUUUAAUCCACAAACGUUCAUCACACAACUCUUUCAUUGUGUGGAGCAGAGUGAUGUUUUCCUGCAUGUUGGCCCUUCUCUCUGAAACCAUGCCAGAGAUGACUGAGAAUGAGACUCCUAUGAAGAAACAGCACCGAAAGAAAAACCGGGAGACACACAAUGCAGUGGAGAGACAUCGAAAGAAGAAGAUCAAUGCUGGGAUAAACCGAAUUGGAGAGCUCAUUCCAUGUUCCCCAGCACUUAAGCAAAGUAAGAACAUGAUCUUGGAUCAGGCCUUUAAAUAUAUAACAGAAAUGAAAAGGCAAAAUGAUGAACUCCUGUUGAAUGGAGGGAACAAUGAACAAGCUGAAGAGAUAAAAAAGCUCCGGAAACAGCUGGAUGAACUCCAGAAGGAAAAUGGGCGAUACAUAGAACUACUGAAAGCAAAUGACAUUUGCCUGUACGAUGAUCCCACAAUUCACUGGAAAGGGAAUCUCAAAAGUGCAAAGGUCUCUGUUGUUAUUCCUAGCGAUCAGGUUCAAAAGAACAUCAUUGUCUAUUCGAAUGGGAGUCAACCUGGUGGAAAUAACCAGGGGGCAUCUGUCCAGGGAAUAACUUUUAAUGUUGGUCAUAACUUACAAAAACAAACAGCCAAUGUUGUACCAGUUCAGAGAACUUGCAAUUUAGUGACUCCUGUGACCAUCUCUGGUGUUUACCCCACAGAAAACAAGCCAUGGUCUCAGACCACAGUUUCUCCAUUGGCGUCCAAUCAACCAGUUUCUGCUGAGAAUAUUCUUGAGCUUUCCACCUCAGAGAAUGAGCAGGACAUGCUUACCUCUGCUACUGCAAGCUCACAGAAUGCUUCUCAGUCUGGGACAGAACAAGAAUUACGGUGUUCCUCAAGUAGCACACCACAGAAUGAUCAAAAUGUCCCCAAAAUUAAAAAUGGACAAGAAUGCACCAAGUUAAUGAAAAAAACAAUCAUGCAUGGCAUCAGCAUUCCUUCUAACACCACCGUAGAGGCCUCUCAAGUUCAACAGGUGAACGUCACCCCUUCAAGCAUACAGGGUCCUAGAAGUGAAUUUCAAGAAAGCUUUGUUGUUUCUGCAACUGAUACCACUUGUACCCCAUCUGUGAGACUCUCCAUUGUGGAUAGCCUUUCUUCAGUAAACAUCCUCAAAAGUACAGACUUACUAAGUAGUGCUGGGAUGCCUGUGACUUCUGCAAUAGAAACCGUUAAGGCUGUAACAGCAAUAAGCACACUGCCUGCUGGUCCAUUAGACAACUGUUGGUCUUUUUCAGGCUCUUCAGGUGUUGGCACUUCUGAUUUGAAAAACACGAGUAGCCUUACACGGCUCCCUUCAGCUGGAAUCACACAAACCACGUGGACUACUUUGCAGCUAGCAGGAAACACUGUUCAGCCACUAACCCAGACACCAUCCAGUGUUAUGACUGCAUUGUUAAAUGAGCCAGUUAAUAGUGCUGGUACCAUAUCUUCCACCCAGAACAGACAUUUAGCUCCAAGCAUCAGUCUGAAUACUUCUGUGCCUGGAGAUGGGCAGGCAGCUGAACAAAUUGUUGUUACCUUGCCCUCUUGCCCAUCUGUACCUAUGCAGCCAUUAAUCACUCAACCACAGGUUAAAACACAGCCUGCUGGAAAUAUCUUUCCAUUGAAUUCAGCUAUGCAGGUAAUUCAGAUGGCUCAGACAAUUGGGUCAGCUGUUACUGCGGUUCCUGCUAAUCAGAAUGUCAUAAUUCUGCAGCCUCCUAACACCACGCCAUGUCCCCCAGUGGUGAGAGCUGAAGUCCCCAGCCAAACCGUUAGUCAACAGAUUGUAAUUAUACAAGCAGCUAAUCAGAAUUCUCUUCCUCUUCUCUCUGCACAACCCCCUGGUUCUCUCAGAGUUCCUGUGAAUGGAGCCAGUCCAAUAGCAAGCUCUAACAACUCUGUGCAAAAUACCUCUGCUCCACAAACUUUUGGAGGGAAACAUCUUGUCCAUAUAUUACCAAGACCACCUUCUUUACCAUCUUCUAGUGCUACACAAACUUUUUCAGUUACAAUGUCAAAUCAACAACAGCCUCAGACUAUUUCUUUAAAUGGACAGCUGUUUGCAUUGCAACCUAUGAUGUCCUCAUCUGGAGCUUCAAAUCAAGCCCCUAUGCAAAUUAUUCAACCUACUACUAGCGAAGAUCCGAAUACCAAUGUUGCCCUCAAUACAUUUGGUGCUUUAGCUAACCUCAAUCAGAGCAUAUCACAAAUGGCUGGGCAAAGCUGUUUACAGCUGUCCCUUAGUCAGCCUACUAAUCCAACAACUGCCAGCAGCCAGAUUGCCCCAAUUAACUGUGUUUCAUUACCAACUUCUGCAGCAUCUUCCAUAGCUACUGAAAGUUCAACAGUGUUAUCCAGUGCUUCUAAUUCUAUAAACACUUCUCCAAAAAAAGCUUCUGCUGGUUUGCCAUCAAACAUAAAAUCAAAAAGGACAAACAAAAAGACAAGUACUAAAAAACAUUUGGCAGCCAACAGCAAAGCAUCAUGUCCAAUGAAUCCUUGCAGAGAUGCAGGGAAGCUUGAUUGCACUAAUGUGGAAGCUACAGCAGAGCAUUCAAAUAGUGAAGGACUGCUUGAAAAUAUGCCUGUAGUAUCACAAGCCUUAGCUGUAUCACAAGCAAACAGCAUGGCAGCACCAACUGAUGUAAGCAUUUCUGACUGUCAAUCCAAAGAGACUCUGAGUUCUGAACAGAUGGUGAGCUUACCAGAGCUGAGUUCAACAGAGAUACAGAGUUCAUCACCGCUAGAAUCUGUGAUGUCAGAACAGUUUGUACUAGUUCCAUCAAGUUCCAAAGAUUCCACUGCUCUUCUGCAAACAUCUCAGAAUAACCCAUUACCUGACUCUGUGUUGCCAGAAUCUUCCAAAUCGUGUGUUACCACCAGCAUCUCAAUGUCCUCUGCCCCUGAAGCACAUGUGACAAUUUCUCAGGUUUCUGGGGCAUCUGCACCACAAAACAGUGUAAUGACAGACCAUGCUUCUGAGGCAGAAAGCAUUUCAGAGACCUGCAGUGUUGGGCAAGUGUCAUCAAUUGUGAUGCAAACCACAGACUUGUUAGAGGGACAAGGUCUAACCAAAAUGCUGUCUGACCUUACUAAAGAAAGAACAGCAAUGCUAAAACCCUCCUUUUCUCUUCAGGUGGAGCACUCUGAUUUCCCCCCAGAAAACUCUAAAACAAUAAAAUCAAACAUUGAUUUGUCUGAGAAGCAGGAACUUUUGUUAAUGAACACUGAAGGUGACGCUCUCAUGCAGCAUCAUUCCUGCAUUUCCGAUCAAGAGGUUGUUAGUGGUUCUCUUAUUGCUAGCAGGCAGGCGGACUCUCCAAUGUCAACUAGCUCUGGGAGUAGUCGUGGCUUCUCAGUUGCAUCCAUGUUGCCAGACACAUCUAGGGAAGAUGUUACCAGCAGCACAUCAACAAAUACAUGUAACAGCUGCACUUUUUCAGAGCAAACUGACAUUGUAGCUCUUGCAGCAAGAGCUAUUUUUGACCAAGAGAACCUUGAAAAAAGUGGAGGAGGAAUACAAGUUAACUUAAGGGAUGCUGCCUCUAAGUCUUCUGAAGUUGCACCUUUGGAAAGCGAGCAGCAGCUUUUUAAACCACAAACAGUUAAAGCUAAUGUAGGACAGUUGGAAGCAGCACCAAACAAAUUCCAUGCUCAGGAUCCAGUGCAAACAAAUGUUGAUAGAUCAGUGGAAAAACCAAGCUGUUCUGUAGGAGUGGAAGCAUCAAAUACUGUACAGAUUUCAACUUCCCAGUCAACAAAUGUAACCAGUUUAAGUGUAAAUAAUCUCAUACAUCAAAGUCGCAUCAUCCACCCUCUUGUAAGUUGCUCAGGUUUAUCCCAGCCUUCAGAGCAAGCAGCUCUUCCUGCCACAGGGAUUCGGUCCAUAUCAUCUAGUUCGUAUGUCAGUCAGUCUCCAGGAUCAGCUAUGAUGACUGAAUAUGCUCAAGAACAACUGAGUGCUAUUAGGGCAAACACCAUGCAGGCUCCACAGAUGCAGGAACCACACUUAAAGCAGCAAAAUCAUGAAAGUCGCAAAGACUCUGCUAAACGUGCUGUCCAAGAGGACCUUCUGCUUUCUUCAGCGAAGAGGCAGAAGCAGUGUCAGACAACGCCUGUCAGGCUUGAAGGCGUGGCAUUGACGAACCGAACACCAGACAGUAUUGCUGACCAAACUCAAAUGUUGGUUAGUCAGAUCCCUCCCAAUUCAUCCAAUCCGGUUGUGACAGUGAGCAAUCAAGGGCACACAGAUGGUCUUAACAGAUUAUUCCCAUCCAACAACAACUUUGUGACCUCUGCUUUGAGGCAAACUGAAGUUCAGUGCAGUUCUCAGCCAUCCAUUUCAGAGCAGCAAGGUCAGGCGGGAGGUCAGCAUCUGCAAGCUAUACAACAUGUACCUGCUCAAGGCGUAUCACAUCUUCACAGUAACAACCCAUACUUAAAACAACAGCAGGCUGGACAGUUAAGAGAGAGGCAUCACUUAUAUCAGCUACAGCACCAUGUUCCUCAUGCAGAGAGCUCAGUCCAUUCUCAAUCCCACAAUGUCCACCAGCAAAGAGCAAUGCAGCAAGAGGUGCAAAUGCAAAAGAAACGAAGCCUUGUCCAGGGAACCCAAGCCAGUCAACUUUCUUUACAGCAGAAGCAUCAUGGAAAUGAUCAAACGCGGCAAAAAAGUGGACAGCCUCAUCCUCACCACCAGCAAAUACAGCAGCAAAUGCAGCAGCACUUUGGAGCUUCCCAGCCUGAAAAGAACUGUGAAAACCCUUCAACAAGCAGAAACCAUCAUAACCAUCCUCAGAGCCAUCUAAAUCAGGAUAUUAUGCAUCAUCAGCAACAGGAUGUUGGCAACAGACAGCAGGGCUCAGGGGUUUCAUCCGAACAUGUGUCUGGACAUAAUCAGAUGCAGAGACUUCUGACCGCCAGGGGCUUGGAGCAACAAAUGGUGUCCCAGCCAAGUAUUGUUACCAGGCCAUCGGAUAUGACCUGUGCCCCACACAGACAAGAAAGAAACAGAGUUUCUAGUUACUCUGCAGAGGCACUUAUUGGGAAGACGCCUUCUAAUUCAGAACAGAGAAUAGGGAUAGCCCUUCAAGGCUCUAGGGUUCCAGACCAGCUUGAAAUGAGAAGUUACCUUGAUGUUUCUAGGAAUAAAGGUUUGGUAAUUCAUAACAUGCAGAGUCGUAUAUCUGUAGACCAUGCACUUGGCUCAGAAGUUCAACGACUUUCUGAUUGUCAGACAUUCAAACCAAAUGGGGCCAGCCAACAGCCAACAGGCAAUUUUGAUGUACAGGCCUCAAGAAAUAGUGAAAUUGGUAACUCUGUAUCAUCCCUCAGGGGCAUGCAAUCACAAUCUUUUCGAAUUAGUCAAAAUACUGGGCCACCCAUAGAGAGACAAAAGAGAUUGCCCUAUCAACCGGUUCGGGGUAUUCCAACGGGAAAUGCUCUUCCGCCAAGGGACAAUGAAAAUACAUGCCACCAAAGUUUUAUGCAGAGUUUACUUGCCCCUCAUCUUGGAGAUCAAGUUAGUGGAAGCCAAAGAUCAAUUUCAGAACAUCAGAGGAAUACGCAGUGCAGUGCAUCCUCGACAAUUGAAUAUAAUUGUCCCCCAGCACGAGAGAAUGUCCACAUUCGAAGAGAUGGUGAAGGUCAGAAUAGAGAAAGUUGUGACAUGUCUAUGGGUGCAAUUAAUAGUAGGAAUAGUUCUUUAAAUAUUCCUUUUUCAAGUUCUUCUUCCUCAGGAGAUAUUCAAGGUCGAAACACAAGCCCAAAUGUUUCUGUACAGAAGUCCAAUCCCAUGAGAAUGACUGACAGUCAUGGAAGCAAGAGCCACAUGAAUACACCUGUUUCUAGUAACGUGCAUGGAGUUGUCCGGCCAGCUCUCCCCCACCCUGCUAUCUCUCAUGGGAAUGCUGAGCAAGGGCAACCAUCUGUUCGUCAGCCAAAUUCUUCAGUUACUCAGCGAUCAAGGCAUCCUCUCCAGGAUAAUAGUGGUUCUAAAAUCCGCCAGCCUGAAAGGAAUCGAACUGGAAAUCAAAGACACGGAAAUGUGUUUGACCCUAGUCUGCCCCAUCUUCCCCUGUCUACUGGUGGCAGUAUGAUCCUUGGGCGCCAACAAUCUACAAUAGAAAAAAGAGGCAGCAUUGUCCGUUUUAUGUCUGAUGGCCCUCAAGUGUCUAAUGAUAAUGCAGCCCCUGACCAGCAUGCUUUGUCUCAAAAUUUUGGAUUCCCUUUUAUUCCAGAGGGUAGUAUGAAUCCACCAAUAAAUGCCAAUACUUCUUUCAUUCCACCAGUUACUCAGCCUAGUGCCACUCGAACACCAGCCCUAAUCCCAGUAGAUCCUCAAAAUACACUGCCAUCUUUCUAUCCGCCUUAUUCUCCUGCCCAUCCUACUCUGUCCAAUGACAUUUCUAUCCCUUACUUUCCCAAUCAAAUGUUUCCUAAUCCAAGCACAGAAAAGCCCAGUAGCGGAGGUUUAAACAAUCGAUUUGGAUCCAUUUUAUCUCCUCCCAGACCAGUUGGUUUUGCUCAGCCAAGUUUUCCUCUUCUCCCAGAUAUGCCGCCAAUGCACAUGACCAAUACAUCACACUUAUCCAAUUUUAACUUGACAUCUUUGUUUCCAGAAAUAGCCACAGCUCUUCCUCCAGAUGGUUCGGCAAUGUCGCCUUUGCUUUCAAUAGCAAACACAUCAGCUUCAGAUUCUUCCAAGCAAUCCUCAAACCGACCUGCCCACAACAUAAGCCAUAUUCUAGGUCAUGAUUGUAGUUCAGCUGUAUGAAAAUUGAUAGACUGACGUUUAGUCUGAAGGGUUAUGUUUCUAUUAAAAAGGCAUCCUUGAAGAGACCAUUCAUAGCAUCACUGUUUGUCUAAAAGUAUGUAUAUAUGUGGUUACUUCUGUAUUUAUAUACAUACUGUAUAUCCACCCACUUGCUAACUUUUAAGCACCAGUGCCUAUAGCAAUUCUUAUUAGUAACAGUAAGAAUGCAACACCUAGAGCUGUGCAAAUAUUGAAUGUUGAUUUUACAGCAUUCAAAAAUCUGAUCGUUCCAGAAUAACUGACACUUUCAGCUCUUGGAUCUAAAGUACCAAGUAAAAGAUUAGCCUUGUGGAAGAUGAGACUGGAGGAAAUAAGUACUUGAGUUUUUAUUUUAAUUCUUGGUUAAUUAACUUGUCCAGAAGAUAAAGUGAACUGUUUAGAAUUUGGGUUUUUUUGUAAAGUAUCUUAAAGAGCCUCGCACAUACCUGGUCUUUAAGUCAAGUUGGUAUCAAGCCAGUUCUAGUUGAUAAAGACAUUGGCUUUUUGUCUGUUAAAGCUUGUGAUAUACAUUCUAAUUAAGGCUGAGUUGAUCAGAUAAAAAUCUGUGUGUAUGUUUCCAUGGUCAGCUUCUGAGCAGCAGUAAAACAUUUGUUAUUUUAAAACAUUCAGUUUCCCUUAAAACAUGAUUUGCUGUCACUUUCUGUGGAGAAGAAUUUUAUUCAGAUUUGUAUGUGGAACGGCAUCAGCUCCUGCUGAACUAUGUAUAGAGUUUUUUUAAUAUAAUUUAUUUCCCUUUUUAGUGUAAUCAACAUAGACACAGCCGUCAUGUUUUUUGUCAUCUGUCAGUUGUUUGUAUGCUGCAAGUUACCUCAAGGUAUCUUCCCUAUACCUGGUUUAGCACUUUCUUUGAGUCUUUUUUUUUUUCUUUCUUGUAAUCCUUGUCCUUGUAUCUGUCUGCUUUCCUCCAUUCUUUGGAUUAAGGACCCUUCCUGUAAUUCACUGCAAAUGAGCAAACUACUAUGCCUAUGUGGAAUCCCAUUGAAGGUAAUAGGCUCCCUGUGGACACAGCAAUCUUCCCACUUGCUGUCACUGGCAGGAUCAAGGCCUAAUUUAAUAUUAAUACUUUGCACUUAAAUAGCACCUUUUAGCUAACUCAGUGUGAUUGUGGGUGGGGCAGAGAGAUGAAUGUGUCAAUUCUGAAACGCAUGGCAUAUAGGGAAAUGCUUUGAUUUGUGGGAGAGGGCGAGAGGGACAGAUGUUUACUGAUCUUGUUUUGAUAUUUUUUUUUAAUAUUUGCAAAAGAAUUGUACACUGUUUGGUCCCAUUUCAUUAAGUGAAAAUGAGGAUGGACCUAGGAAAGUGGUGUUUAUUUAGUGACUACUGCAACAUAAUUAUCUUGAAGGAAGGCAGAAGUCUUUUUUGUAUUCAUCCAAAACCAUCACUCCAGACUUUUCCUAUUUUUGUUUCCACCAGCCCACCUAUCCCUGUCUACUAGGCUAUAGGAUCAUGCUCAGGCCACAAUGAGGGGUAACAGCCAGAGUUUCUCUGAGGCAUCCUUCCUAUGCAGACCAGGUGCAGGCAAAAUGCUUCAAGCAGCACUAGGUGUACUGAGCUGUAUAGUGCUCGAUAGGCCUGCUCCUGAAAGCUGCAGCAUGACCUCCUCCUGUGCCUGCUGCCAAAUGCUUGAGAGAUUGGGUAGGCCAGGCCACACCCCAUCGUGUCUAUGAACCAUCACAGCCUAGCCCUUUCUCAUUUUUGGAUGUGCUUGAAAAAAGGAGUCUCUUUGUUCAGCCCCAGCUGUGGGCCCACAUGGAUGUAGCCAGUUUUGUUGGUAGACUGAGGACCUGAUUCUCAUAUACGGUAGGCCUCUUUGCGCUGCUCUGGCAAAGUAAAGGAGCCUUAAAGUGGACGCAAAUGUAAGGAGACCUUAGUGUAUAUGAGAAUCGGGCUCUGUGUCUAUAAUCUGUCCUGAGGGUGGUUUCGUUGGUAACACUAUAUAUGUCCUGGUAUGAAUGGCUGUGCUUCAGCCUGCAAAGUAAAGGGAAAUGGUUCUGUCUUAAACUGGGAAUCCCAUUCUAAUUGAAAUGGGAAGUAUCUUGAGGGAACUGAAUGUAUUUGGUGCUUCAAGUUUCAGUGUUUGUCAGAAACAACGAAUGAAAUAAAAAUCGCAAAAGUUUAUGUUUUUGUUCCAUUUUCAGGUUACACUGAAAGGUAGAACCUAUGAGAAGUCAGUGCCUGCCACAGCCUGAGGAAACUGGUUUAUGCAGAAUGAUAGGGGUAGGAAUUGCCACAAGUUUUAGCUUUGCGACUAACUGGACAUCCUAAGAGCUUAUGAGGUUCAGCUAAUCACUGUUUGUCGGGAGUUUUCAAAUACUGUAAUGUCCAGUGAGGGCUGCCUUGUGCCGUGGAACAAGUUCCAUAAUGUUGAACAGUGCCUAUGGGCCUGCCUCGUGAAGUCAGGAGAACUGAGACAGCUUAUGUAGGCAUUUAUACCUGUGAAAAGUGAGUGUAAAACACAGCCAGGCUGAUGUGGUAGUAUUUUGCACUCACAGAUGUAAGUGGCUACACAAGAGACAAAGCAGUGGAGGAUUGGGUCACAGUUCAUAAAAUGAGAUUAAUUUAAAAAAAAAAAAAAAAAAAGAUCCUAGCUGUUUUAGUCCCACUCAUCAUUCCAUGCAUUCAUCUAGAACUGACAGCUUCAGGUUGCAGUUUCCACACUACAAAGUCUCAAUUGCUUCAUGAGAUGUCUGAAAGUUGAAGUGAAUGUGUGAAAUUAGUAAGGCAAAUUCAUCAUUCAUAUAACUCUGUUGACUUCACUGAAGUUAUACCAGGGUUAAAUUAGGUCCUGUGUUUUUCUCAGGGGAUGCAGGGCAAUCUUUUUGUUUAUUGUGUAUCAUAUUCUGAAUGGAUGUUAACUAAUAGCAUAGUAAUUUUAGAAAUAACCUAAAUUCUGCCCCCACACCCUCUGCCCACCUACAAAGAAUGUAGAAAAGAGUGGCCCCAUUUCAUAUGACAGCAAUAGUCUGAGUAUUAGUACAGGUUUCAUUAGUGACAUAAAGACCCUGUAACUUUGCAGGAACGACACAUUCCUGCGGCACAUGGCUCAAAAGUAAUUUAUCAAGUAACUUAGGUUCUUUAGAGAACUUAAUCUUGCAGUACAGUUACAAAACACGGUAGUUCCUGUGUAAUCAUAAAAACAACAAGGAGUCCGGUGGCACCUUUAAAGACUAACAGAUUUAUUUGGGCAUAAGCUUUCAUGGGUGAAAAACUCACUUCUUCAGAUGCAUGGAUUGAAAAAUACAGAUACGGGCAUAGAUAUACUGGCACAGGAAGAGAAGGGUGUGUCAGUAUAUUUAUGCCUGCAUCUGUAAUUUUCACUCCAUGCAUCUGAAGAAGUGGGUUUUUUACUCAUGAAAGUUUGUGCCCAAAUAAAUCUGUUAGUCUUUCAGGUGCCACCAGACUCCUCAUUGUUUUUGUGGAUACAGACUAACACAGCUACCCUCUUGAUACUUGAUAGUAAUCACAGUGCCACUCUGUAGUGACUUUUGUAGAAACUACUUAGCGAGUGCAGAAGGGGGAAAUUCCAUCUGUCUUUUGCCCAUCUUGUUCACAAUACUUUCUUUUGAACUCUAACCAAAUUCCAGUGUAAGCCAUAUAUAUGUAUAUAUAAAAUGCCAUAUUACGCUAAUAGUUACGGGUAGUUAAAUGAUGUUUUAACUUAUCCUGCUGACAUUUAUCACAUUCAAGUUGGCAUAUUAAUGGUUUGUGUAAGAUCAGAAUUGGCUGACUGCUGUGAAAAGAAACAGAGUAGCAUAAAAACAAACUAGAAAGCUUGAUGAUGGACCCUCUCCUUCUGAAAGGGCCAUGAUAAAUAUCCCUUGGCCAUUCUGUUGCACUCCACCUUUUUUCUGAAAAGGGGGUCAAUGUUUGGCUACUUAAUCAGUCUGAAUGGGUGCAUGGUGACAACCUGUUUGCCUGAAAGAUUGUCUGUUCUCCUGCAACAGCUUUUUCUGGAUUUCCUUCUUAAAGGGUGCAUCAUUUUCUACCUGGAGAAAUAGCUCUGCACCUGCUUUCCUAAAAGCAACCUCCUAGUGACCAGCUAGAUUGUUACAAAACAUACGUUCCUUAUGGGUGCCUGAAUUUAAGGAUUUACUGCCCAUCUCACCUACUUUAAGGUGGCAAUCUAGAACUAAAUCAAUCUAUCUACUUUUUCCUCCCCGUGGUCCUCUUCUUGUUUUUUGGUUUUUUUUGUUUUUUGUUUAAUUAUCCACAGGAACAGGAGUCAAAAGCCAAAUUGCAAAGAGCCAAACUGUGCUCUUAUUUAAUCCAAAUUUACAACAAUGUAACUUCACUGAGUUACUCGGGCCUCACACUUGUGUAAAUGAGAAGAAAGUUUGUCCCUAACAUAAAUCUAUCAACUGGAAUUGGCUGGUCAUAACAUAGUUCUGAUCCUUUGGGACAGGCAACCAAGUGCUAGGUCUUGACAGGUGACUGUGUGCUUAAUAAUGGCUAGGACACUGGUACAAAUUAAAAAGUUACCCCCCCUUUUUUUUUAAAUUGUGCUAAGAUGGCAUUGUAUGAAAGAAGAUAUUUCUCAUCUUACUCCCCUAGGAGAUUAUAUACACGGAGACAUAGCCUGGAGUAGUUAUCCUUAUUCUGCUCUAUCUCCUUGCCUAGAUGCUCUUAUUCCGCACUGAAGAGUGCCUUUGGGCAGUUUAGCUUAAAAGACAUUCAGUGCAGAAUGAGUGCAUCCAUACAGAGAGCUACUGUAGAGUAGCUGUUGUGCUUCAAAUUCACAACCUAGCUUGUUUUGCAAUAGCUUCCCUGUGUAGACAAGCCCUAAAGCUUUAUAUAUUGUCUUAAGGUAAAUAUAUAUGUAUCUUCUCCAGUAGCCUAAGAGCACAGGCUUCCCUAAGGCACCUUUUUCUGUUGUUUGUUGCUCACACUCAAAGCUACUGGUUUUCAUAGGAUUCACAGGUGUCAGGUGGUUUUGGUUAAAGUUGAUAGUGUGAAGAAAUGCAAAAGAGAAAGCAAUCCCCCCCCCCUUUCUCCCACCUGCUAGACUAAAUAUCAUUCAUCAGUAGAGGGGAUUUCAGUUUAAUUAAAUAGCUUUUUACAGUUUUUAUUGCAAAUGAAGGUUAGUUUGAUUAAAAUAACAGGACCAGGACACUUGGAUGGAGAGAGAGAGAUAUGGCCAAACUGUGACUGUGUAGGUGACAGUGAGAAAGGACUAGCCCUGCUGGUAAGUGUGGUCUUUCUGCAAACUCUUUCCAGUGCAAGCUGGCAGCAGGUGUUUCUGUUCAUUUUUGGAUUGGCAAGAGGAAAGACUUAACAUCUGAAGUACUUUCAGUGGGAACAAGUAUUUCUGUUUUCUCCGACACUGAAAUGGUUAUGUUUAGGUUUCAGAUUAAUGGAAGACUUUGAUGUAAGGCAAGUCUUCAACAUGUUAUUUUCUGGACAAGUCCAUUUGGAAAAGGGGCUUCUGUAACUUCUACUGACCAGAGAACUCUAUUUUUAUAAUUGUUACAUAUCUUCAGUGUACAUUAAAGACCAGAAAUUCAGAGGCAUUAUGCAAACUGAGAGCACCUUUUUUUAAAUAGCAACAUGAGUUCAGCAUGUUCAGUUAAAAUAUAAAUAGAAAUUUCUACAGGCAAAUGUUCCCCUCCUCAAAUGUCUAUGGCACCAACAGCCACUUGGCAUCUGUUUCUACUAAGUAUCAAUUGACAAUUACAAAGACAAAGUAUUUUUAGGAUCUAUUUAAAAAUUCCUCUCCUCCCACCAUACCCCUGAAACUGGAAUUUUUUUCUUCCUCAUGAGUGAGCACUAUUUUGUUGUCAGAGGAUGCUAGCUAUAUUUUGGUUACUUUUUUAUUAUUGAAGGGAAAAGAUACAAGCAGAAUUACCUGAAUUUUACACAGCAAAGAAUAAUAAUAAAGAAUUUGGAGCCUAUCAAACUUCACAGUAUUUCUUCUUUUCACAUUGUGAUGGUAUUGCCACAUCUGGCAAGCACUGUGUAUAAGUUUCAGCUUCUCCUAGGUCAGUUCAACAAACAAUAGCUAAAGGACAUAGGGAGUGGGUCACAUCCACUUUAGUGCAACGUUUCUCUCCUUUUAACAUGCAUUCUGUGAGGAAUCUUGAAGAAUCAGGGUAGGACCAGGUUGAGUUUGAAGCAGACUAUGUAAUAAUACUUCUUUAACAGUUUUCAUCAAAAGAGUUGGUCUCAAAGUGUCUUACAAAAAUGAACAAGUAUUCAUCCCCAUUUUUAGUAUCUAGAGAAACCUCAUGCAUAAAGAAGUGAAGUGAUUUGCCCAAGAUCACAGACUGUCAGUAACAGACUCCGAUUAGAACACAAAUCUUUCGACUCCUAUUCCUCUGCUUUGAUCACUAAACUGCGGUGUAGAUGCAAGUACACAUCUCUGCAAAAUGCUCUGGUAUUCUCUAAGCAGUGCCUCCUGAAUUUUGCAGAUUUCCUACUGCACUUUAAAGCUGUGCUCUGCUGCCACCAUGAUAGGUGACUGUAAUGCAAUUUCAGAAAGCCAGUGGCCUGGCAGCAUCCCGGAGACCCAGUGACCACCCAGAGAAAAGAACUCAAAUUGUUAUUUCUGACCUAUUGUUGUCCUUUAAUCUUAUUCCGAGCCAUUCUUGAUCCAGGUUCAGAGGCUAUAUUGCCAACAGACUAUUUUUCUGUAGUUUGCUUCCGUAUAACUAUAUUUAGCUGAACACUUACUGAGAACUGUGAUUCUCCUUUCUCUAUUCCCCGUUUCCCCUUUUGGAGAACUGGUUUGUCCUAAAUCGAUCUUCCUUUGACUUGAAACUGUUGGGAGGAAAGAGUGUAGAAGUAAGAUCAAUUUAUGCCAAAUUGUUCUAGCGCUUGUUUCGAUGUCAAAUGGUAUAAAGGCCCUUAUUAAUUAGUUGUGUCCACACUCAGUUCUUCUGGUAAUUUUUCCAACUCUCUCUAGCAUUGGUCCAGCAUUCUUGGUCAUAACGUGGGCAGGAGCGCUAGUGUUUUAAGCACCAUGUUGUCUAAUGCUGCUCAGAACAGGUCUACAUCACACAGAAGACCAGCUGCUGCCAACACCCUAUCUGCACUAGCACUCCUGCAGUUCCCAACACCCAUGACAGCUGAACCUAUUGUAGGCAAGGCCAUGGUGUCACAAAACCUUCUUCUACUCAUGGUACUGACAGUUACUUUAAGUGUGCAACUUGUAAAGCAACAUAUUACUUGUUUAUUUGCAGAUAACCACAUUUUUCAUUGAUAGAGUAAAUAUAAUAGAACAGUUAUCAUUUGCAAUGCACUGUAUCUGUAAAUGGGUGGCCUUCUUUAGUGACUAAGUGUUCGUGUGGACACACAACUAUGCCGCAUAAGAGAAGUUUAGGUAUUUCGCUAUCCCUCACUACAUUGUCCCAUUUUCCCAGUCUUAAUAUAGACUCCAAUUUUGUCAUGCCAUUCUCUUACAUAGCUCGCAAACAUGGGGAUGACUAAAAUGAUAAUGUACAGUACCCAUUUCCCCACAGACACAGGGAGAAGGAAUGCCAGUAUGGAUUUCACCACAGGAAAGUAAUCAAAGAUGCUCUUGAUUUCCAUAACGUAAUAUUUUUAUUUAUACUCAGUCCAGAAUUUUCUGCUGUAUACAAUCGGCUACAAGCUGUACAUUACCUGGUUAUAGUCCCAGUAGAAACUCCCACUACUAUUUUGUAAGGGAAAAAGGAACUCCAGAGCAGAAAUGUAUAAUAAACAUGAUCAGGAACAUCUUGCAAUUGUAAAUAAGAUCUUGUUCUGUUUAUUUUGACAUCUUUUUACAAAUGUGUUGCUUUCAGGUGUAAAUAUCCCAACCAUGAUCUUGUUCAAAGUUCUGAGAUUUUUAUUGUUAAAUGUAACACUUUGUUUAAUGGUUGUAAUAAUUAUUUGUAUAGAUAUGAACAUUAUAGUAUUUUAUUAAAAAAAUUUAAAAUUA